AUGCAGGUAAUUUCAAUUAACGAGCCACGCCUAAGUAAUAACUAGCCACGCCUUUAAUAAAACCGCAAAACAUGGCUGACAGAAGAGGUUUUAAUCCAAAUCCUGAGUUAAGCAAGCUAUGCACUGAGCUAUGGGAGCUGGAUGAACAAAGGCUGGUCAUUGGAAAGGACGUUGUUAUUGAUUUACAAGGACGUACAUGGGCCAGUGAUAGGAGAGACAAAGCAGAAGAUCCAUUGUUCUCGUACGUGGAUCCGACUUGUUUUGCAAGACCAACUUUUAAGCUAUUCAUUGCUCUUCUUGAUAACUAUGAAACAAGCACAGGCGUUAAUGAAGAAGUUACGGAUGAAGAGGUUAAAGAGAACAAGCUGUUUAUUAACGCUAUAAUGGAAACCAAAGUUAUGAAAAGAGCUCACGAUUAUUUGGUGUCUUGUGGCAAAAGUCCAAGAGAGAUCAUACCUUUUAAGAGACAGCUGUAUGACAUUUGGUUUAAACUCUACAGAAGGACGAGAGGUGUUCUGGACUCAUCUGGUUUUGAGCACGUCUUUGUAGGAGAGACUCGUGACGGGAAAAUCCUCGGGUUUCACAACUGGAUACAGUUUUACUUGCAGGAGAAAGCCGGUAACGUUGACUACCAAGGCUACGUCAGACACGGAAAGCAUAAUGAUUACCUACUGACGAUAAAGUUUACAUGGAACAAAGAGGUGAAACCUUUUGGCAGCACUUUUGUUGGCACAAGCCCGGAGUUUGAAAUGGCUUUGUACACAAUCAUGUUUCUCUGCUCGCCAGAGGAGACAACAGAUCUUGACAUAGCAGGGCAGAAUGUUACCAUCACGUGUUACAAGCAUGGCCUCAAUUUAGGCACUUCUUAUCCAAGUGCUUCAAAAUAGAACUGGUAUUAUUGUAUUUUCAUAAAAAGCUAUAUAGAUCUAAUUAUUAUUAUUUUUGGUGGUGUUAUUUAUUUUCAUACUUAUUUAUUUAUUUUUUAAUUUUCCCAGGUCUUCUAUUGCAACAUGUCAUGUAAAUUUUACACAAUUAGAAUUUUGACUUUAAA